GACCUGGCAGCGAAGAAACCUCGGGGAGGGAGAAAGGAAGUGUGCUGGUGUAUGAAGAGAAGAGAGAGAGAAAGAGAACGACAGAGAGAGGUUGGGAAAAGACUACCACCUCUAUCUAUCAGCUGAGCAUCCUGCGGGAAGUCACUUCGAGCGCGCGAGCGGUCGAUGCGGCAUUUCUGCCCGUCCGAGCAAAAGGAUCAUUAAACGCGCAGGAUGUGACUGAGGGACCCAAAUAAAACAACUAAACUGUUAUUUUCUUCGGCUCUAAUCACGCUGGUGAUCUCUUUAUUUGAUUCUUUCACUUGGGUUUUUGUUUUCUCUUUUCAUCAUUAAUAUGCGGAUGUUUCGGCAAACACUAUCGAAGUGAUGUCAGUAGGAAAUGUCAUAAAUGUUGCUGAAUGAAAAGUUCAAAGAUUUUUCAUAAAUGGGGUCUAAUCUAAUGUCAAGCUGGUUGUGAAGGUGUUUGAUCUGGUCCCCUCAACCCCAGCUGGAGUCCCCAUGGCUGCUGGAGUGGCAGCCUGGCUCCCCUUUGCUCGGGCGGCGGCCAUAGGAUGGAUGCCCGUGGCCAACCUGCCCAUGCCUGUUGCACCGACCAAUAAGAACAAGCAUCAGGAUGAGAUUAUUAUUCUCAAUGUCAGCGGCCGACGCUUCCAGACCUGGCGCAACACGCUUGACCGUUACCCUGAUACGCUCCUGGGGAGCACUGAAAAAGAAUUCUUCUUCAAUGAGGAAACUAGGGAGUAUUUCUUUGACCGAGAUCCAGAUUUGUUCAGAAGUAUUCUUAACUUCUACCGUACAGGGAAGCUGCACUACCCACGCUACGAGUGCAUCUCUGCCUAUGAUGAGGAGCUGGCGUUCUUUGGAAUCAUUCCCGAGAUCAUCAGUGACUGCUGUUACGAAGAGUACAAGGACCGCAAGAGAGAGAACAUAGAGCGUCUUAUGGAUGACCUUGAGGACAACAAAGACAGCAAACUCCCCAACAUGACUUUCCGUGAGACCAUGUGGAGGGCCUUUGAGAACCCUCACACUAGCACCAUGGCACUGGUUUUCUACUACGUAACCGGAUUCUUCAUCGCCAUAUCUGUCCUCACCAAUGUGGUUGAAACGGUUCCUUGCAGUUAUAUGCCGAAUCAGAGAGACAUCCCCUGCGGGGAGCGCUACACCGAGGCAUUUUUCUGCAUGGACACAGCUUGUGUAAUGAUAUUUACAGUGGAGUAUCUAAUGCGACUGUUCGCAGCACCCAGCAGGUACCGCUUCAUGAGAAGUGUGAUGAGCAUUAUCGAUGUGGUGGCCAUCUUACCAUAUUACAUUGGGCUCGUCAUGACCAACAAUGAGGACGUAAGCGGAGCCUUCGUCACACUACGGGUGUUCCGUGUCUUUCGGAUCUUUAAAUUUUCCCGCCACUCCCAGGGUCUUCGGAUCCUUGGCUAUACGCUGAAGAGUUGUGCAUCCGAGCUCGGCUUCCUCCUCUUCUCCCUCACCAUGGCGAUCAUAAUCUUUGCCACAGUCAUGUUCUACGCUGAGAAAGGCUCCUCGUCCAGCAAGUUCACCAGCAUCCCGGCCUCCUUCUGGUACACCAUUGUAACCAUGACAACGCUGGGGUAUGGAGAUAUGGUCCCUAAGACUAUAGCUGGAAAGAUCUUUGGCUCCAUUUGUUCUCUCAGUGGGGUGCUGGUCAUCGCUCUGCCUGUUCCCGUCAUCGUUUCCAACUUCAGCCGCAUCUACCAUCAGAACCAGAGAGCUGAUAAGCGUCGGGCUCAGAAACUUCAGAAAGCCAAACUGGCCCGAAUGAGAAUUUCCAAGAAUGGCAGCUCUAGCGCCUUCCUGCAUAGCAAACGAAAUGGACUCAACCAAUCACUGGAGUUAACGCAGCUCCCUUAUUACAAGAUGAAACUUUCACCACAGGGCUCCUUAGAGGAGGACCAGCACUUGAAGAAGACCACAUCUCUGCUGGAGAGUCAACAUCACCAUCUUCUGCACUGCCUGGAGAAAACCACGAAUCAUGAGUUUGUGGACGAGCGACUGUAUGAACAGGGGUAUCUGCAGACAGCACUACAGAACUUCCCAUCGCAGAGUCCUUCUCUCUCCAGUGAAGAGGGCAUCACAGGCACCUGCUGCUCUCGGAGAACCAAGAAGAACAUCCAGCCUCUCAGUGCCACAAACACACACUCACACACGCACAACCUGCAGGAGCUCAGCACCUUGCACAUCCAGUGUGGGGAACAGCAUCCACUUAAUACCAGUCGUUCCAGUCUCAAUCUGAUGUCUGAUGAAUCUGGGAGUCUGAACUGCAAGAGCAGUGGACUGGUUACCACGGCAAUCAUCAGCAUCCCAACCCCUCCCUCGAACAACUCUCGAGCCAAUCCCGACGCUCCGCCCCCUCCAAACCCAGACGCUCCGCCUCUUCCGAACCCUGGCACUGAUGUGGUUAAAAUCUCUGCGCUGUAGGAGACAACAGAACUCAGGAAGAGAAACUGAUGAGUAGCCUGCCCCCUAGUGGGAGAAGAAGUGCACUGAAUCAGACUCUGUGAAAGAAAUAGAAGAUCAACAAGAAUGCGUCUAAAUGAGAGAGAAGGAGAAAGCAACAACAGGACGACCAUGAGUAUUUAUCACUCUCCAUCAGGACGAUGUGAAUGUUGAGGGUGUCACUGCAGUGUCACUGUGCAUUAAACAUUUCAUCUUUUUUUCCUCUUAGUUUUCUGUUGGGUCAUACCGUUUUUUUUAAAUCGUCAGAAAGAUUCAUAUUUU